AUGAAGUACAUGAAGGAAGUAGAAGGAAAAAGCAUCCAUGAUUGGAGAAUGAGGAGGAGAAGAAAGGAAAGUAUAUGGAUUCCUGGAGCAGUGAUAGUGGGAGGAGGGCCAUCAGGGGUGGCAGCAGCGGCAUGUCUGAAGCAGAAAGGUAUCCCAUCGGUGGUUCUGGAAAGGGCUCAUUGCUUGGCAUCAAUGUGGCAGCUCAAGACCUACGACCGCAUGCGCCUUCAUCUUCCUAAACACUUGUGCCAGCUUCCUCUCAUGCCAUUCCCCUCCAACUUCCCCUCUUAUCCAACCAAACACCAGUUUGUUUCUUACCUCAAGGCCUACGCUGAUCAUUUCGACAUCAAGCCGUGCUUUGGAAAGACUGUGGUGAGUGCUGAGCUUGAUGACAGAAUUGGGCACUGGAGAGUGAAGACGGAGACACAAGACGAGUACAUCAGUAAGUGGCUCAUAGUGGCCAGCGGAGAGAACGCGGAGGAGGUGGUGCCUGAGGUCGAAGGGAUGGAUGAGUUUGCAGGGCCCAUACUUCACACAAGCUCGUAUAAGAGCGGAGCCAUGUUCAGUGGAAAUAAUGUUUUGGUGGUUGGUUGCGGAAACUCCGGAAUGGAGGUUUGUUUGGAUCUAUGCGAACAUAAUGCUCGCCCAUCCCUUGUCGUUAGAGAUUCGGUGCAUAUCUUGCCGCAGCAGAUGUUUGGGAGAUCAACAUUUGGAGUGUCCAUGGGGUUACUGAAAUGGUUCCCAAUAAACGUUGUGGAUAAGUUCUUACUUGUAAUGUCGCACAUCAUGCUUGGGGACACUGCCCGAUUCGGACUUCAACGUCCCAAACUUGGCCCUCUGCAGCUCAAGAACUUAUGUGGAAAGACACCAGUCUUGGAUGUUGGAACACUUGCUCACAUCAAAUCUCGAAAAAUUAAGGUUUGCCGUGGAAUCAAACGACUAACACGCCAUGCGGUGGAGUUCGUUGAUGGCAAAAUAGAGAAUUUUGACGCCAUUAUUCUCGCAACGGGAUACAAAAGCAACGUACCCUUAUGGUUAAAGGGAAGCGACAUGUUUUGUGAGAAAGAUGGGUUUCCGAGGAAGCCAUUCCCAAAUGGAUGGAAAGGUGAAAAUGGACUUUAUGCCGUGGGUUUCACCAAACGUGGCCUUCUUGGUGCAUCCAUUGACGCUAUCAGAAUUGCACAGGAUAUUGCACAUUCCUGGAAAAAAGAAGGAUAUUGUACCCUCCCAAUUCCAUGAUUAAUCUUGAAU